GGACCGUAGAUUUGAUAUGAAAAGCAGAAGCCGUAGUUUCUUUCUUCUUACCAGCGGCUGCAUAACCCUCUGCCCAUCGCCAUAAUCAACAAACGCCCGAAUUUAAGAAUCUUUUUUCUUCAUCAAUCAAACCCCAACAUCCUCUUCGUUAAAAUCUGCCUACUCCCCCUCGUUUUCUCUCUGUAUCAUGAUAACAAAUUGAAGAACCUUUUUACUUAAUUCUUCUUUUGAGUGAGCGUGCAGAACAAGAUAGAAGAAUUGGUAAUCCUUACAGUCAUGGCUGAUUACUCAAAGGAAGAUUUUAUACAGUUCAUUAAGCGGAUUGGGGCUUAUCUAUCAGCCAAAGUUUCCAAGGUUCUAAAUACCCAGGAUAUACGGUCUGUUUGGGCUAUAGCGGGACUUGCUGUUGCAGUAAUUUUCACAUGGAGACUGUUCAGGGCACCCGGUGCACCUCGAAGAAGACAACCUAAACAUCAAGCUCCUGCACCUAGCAGUUCUGGAGUCAAUAGUCAUUCAGAUGUAAAUUUGUUUCAUUCAGGGGUUAGUUCAUCUUCUGAAGAUUCAAGAGCACAAACUGUUAUUGAUGAGUUCUUUCAGCCUGUAAAGCCUACUUUAGGACAAAUAGUCAGACAAAGAUUAAGUGAUGGAAGGAAGGUAACUUGUCGCUUGCUUGGGGUUAUACUUGAAGAAAGUACUCCAGAGGAGCUUCAGCAGAACCAAGCAACAGUGAGAUCUUCUGUUUUGGAUGUCCUGCUGGAAAUCACUAAAUUCUGUGACCUUUAUCUCAUGGAAACAGUCCUGGAUGAUGAAAGCGAAAAAAAGGUUUUAUUGGCAUUGGAAAAUGCCGGGAUCUUUACAUCUGGUGGCUUGGUCAAAGACAAGGUGCUUUUUUGUAGCACGGACAUUGGACGCACGUCUUUUGUUCGGCAGCUGGAGCCUGAUUGGCAUAUAGACUCGAGUCGAGAAAUUACUACUCAAUUGGCGAGGUUCAUCAAGUAUCAACUUCACAUCUCGACACUCAAAACCGAACGAAUUGCUUCAAACGUUUUCAGUUCUUCAUCUUUGGAACAAUUUUUCAGUGGUUGACUUCCGGAAACCAGUCAACAUCUCUCCGCUGUUCUUUUUCUUCGUUUUUUGCCGUAUUCAUAGCAUAUGGAUAUCAUGCUCAUAUGUGGAGUUGUAUUGUGAGGCUUGAUUUUCUGCAAUAGAGUUGAUCAAAUUUUACCAUCCCAAACACCAUAUGAUUCAGAUGGGUUAAGUAAUAUAUGUAGUUUAUGUUAUACUUGAAAAGAUGAAGAAAUUGGUUGAUACAUAGGUUUUGUUACCUUCUUUUAGACGUUUACGAAUAAAAAUCAUCUGUAUUUAAACU